AUGUCCACGGAGACGUUCCGUGAGCGUACGCUGGCGACACAGUACCAGCCACGUCAGCAUCUCCCGCCCAACUUCAGCGAUGUGCUGAAGGAGUAUGCGCGGGAGGUGCUGCGCAAUCAGCCACCAGACAUUCUGGAGUGGAGCGCGGCGUAUUUCAAGAAGCUGGCCCUCGAGACGGACCCGCUGCAAGCAAAGCAGCCGCCGCCGGACCACUAUACCCCCCUCGUUGAGGACCCUGAGCGAGCGAUGUUGGCGAACAAGAUGGUGAAAGUGUUCUCGACAAUGGACUUGUCGGGGAGCGGGCGACUACCCGUGCUGGAGGUACGGCGGGUGCUGACGGAGGCGUUUGAGUUGACGGAGUCGCAGGCGCUCUACCUUCUCACAGCGCCAUUCACGACCAUCAUCGAGGACGACGGUAGCGGCCUAACAGAUGGUGGCAUCGAGUACACUCUUUUUUCCCACUCAGCGGUGCGCACUAUUCAGUACUUUCAGCAGCACCCAAACUUCUUCUUUGAUGUAGACGGCAGCGAUGCCAAUACGACGGUGCACGGCAUGAACCGCUACGACAUUGAGCAGGGCUUUCUGCGCAUCUUUCGACUCCUCGAUGAAGCGGGGACGGGUCGUCUGCUCCUCCACGACUACCAAGGCGCUUUGGAAAACGCGCCGUACCACCUGACGCACCGCGACAUAUGCGUGCUGCGCCUCGAGUGUAGGACGUGUGGAAACGACGGGAACGGGGGGCCACGCGAAGUGGAGUACGAGAGGGAGCUACCGCACAUGUUUGAGCGCCUUCUGCUGGCCGAGGCGUUCAGCCUCUUCGAGGAGGAGGGACAGAGCUAG